AGUACAUCGACCUUGACACUAGUUGUGCGUGAAGUUGAAGGCAUAGUCAUGCGACAGGAAGGAAGGAGCAGGAGGGAGGAUCCCAAAUUGAGUGAGGUGGGUUUCCUAGUGGGUUUCCUGGUGGGUUUCCUUUCCCUCUUUUUUAAAUGCCAUACCGUCUCCCACUGACCGACUCCCCCUCUCUCUCUCUCUCUCUCUCUCUCUCAAUGGUCCUAUCUUAUCUUUAAACCCAACGCCAAGAUCAAAGAUAAAAAGAAAACACGCAACGCAAGAACAAAAUUCCCCAAUCCCCCAAUCUUGAGAAAAGCUGAUUGAUAAAAAAAAGUCAUAUAUAUAUAAACAUCAGAUCAGAGAGAGAGAGAGAGAGAGAAGAAACGACAAUAGUAACAAAUUAAGAAGAAGAUUGUGAUGAUGGGGGAGAAGGAUACUAGGAGCAGCACACCCACAGGGACACGAGGGAAUGGGGAAAUCCAGGAUAGCAGCAGCAGGAGAGAGCUCCUCGACAUGGACAUGGACGGAGAGCAGUCGUCGUCAUCAUGGAGACUGGACGUCAAACAGUUCACUGUCCCUCAACAACGUCCUCCCUCCGAUCAUCAUCUUCUUCAUCAUCGUUUCCGCCGCCUCCUUCGCUAUCCAAGGAAACAAGGCAAGAUUGCAGAAUACUACAAAAAACAAGAAAUACUCCUUGAAGGUUUCACUGAGAUGGAAACUAUGAAUGAAUCAGGUUGUUUGGCUGGAAAUCCAACAGAGGAUGAAAUGAAGCAGCUUGCAAAGAGUGAGCGAACAGCUAUAUACGUGUCAAACGUAGCUAAUUUGGUGCUUUUCGUGGCAAAAGUGUAUGCUUCCUAUGAGAGCAGAUCAUUGGCAGUUAUUGCGUCAACCUUGGAUUCUCUCUUAGACCUUUUAUCUGGGUUUAUUCUGUGGUUCACUUCCCAUGCCAUGAAAAAGCCAAACCUGUAUCACUAUCCAAUUGGAAAGAAGCGGAUGCAACCAGUGGGUAUUAUUGUUUUUGCAUCAGUAAUGGCUACUCUUGGAUUACAAAUAUUGAUUGAAUCUGGUCGGCAACUCGUCGCAAAGACUGCUCCUGAAAGGAACCUUUCGAAGGAAAAAUGGAUGAUUGGGAUUAUGGUUUCUGUCACUUUCGUGAAGUUUGCGCUUAUGGUCUAUUGCCGAAGAUUCAAAAAUGAAAUUGUUAGAGCCUAUGCUCAAGAUCAUUUAUUUGACGUCAUCACUAACUCAGUCGGAUUAGUUACAGCUGUCCUUGCAGUCCGAUACUACUGGUGGAUUGAUCCUACUGGCGCUAUAAUUAUAGCACUAUAUACGAUCACCACGUGGACAAGGACAGUUCUUGAAAAUGUUGGGUCACUAAUUGGAAGAACAGCCCCACCAGAUUUCCUUGCAAAACUGACGUAUCUGAUAUGGAACCACCAUGAGGAGAUCAAGCACAUCGACACAGUCAGAGCAUACACUUUUGGUUCUCAUUACUUUGUGGAGGUUGACAUAGUGUUGCCGGAGGACAUGCUUUUAAGCCAAGCGCACAAUAUUGGCGAAAAACUACAAGAAAAGCUUGAGCAACUCCCUGAAGUUGAGCGAGCUUUUGUGCAUAUAGAUUUUGAGUUUACUCAUGCACCAGAGCAUAAGAGCAAGGUGUGA